AUGUUUAUUGCUCCGAGAGAAGACCAUAAAAAGAGAACGCUGUUACAUCUAGCAGCACAAAAUGGUCACAUAGAUGUUGUUAAGAGUCUAUUGCACAACAACGCCAAUAUAAAUGCUUUAGAUAAGGCUAAUUGUAUACUAUUACCCCAUGCAGCAAAAAACAGUCACAAAGAGAUUGUUGAAGCUUUAUUAAAAAAAGGAGCAAUAAUUGAUGCUCGAAAUAAGGGCGAUAAGACACCAUUACACGUAGCAAUAUUCUAUGGUCACAAAGAUAUUAUUGAGACUUUAUUAAACAACAAAGCCAAUGUUGAUUCUCAGGAUAAGGAAAAUAAAACACCAUUACAUUAUGCAGCAUUCCAAGGUAAAAAGGAUGUUGUUGAGACUCUGUUACACAACAAGGCCGUGGUGGAUACUAAAAUUAUUAAGGAUUAUACAUCGUUAUAUAUAGCAGCACAAAAUGGUAACAAGGAUGUUGUUUGGACUUUUUUAAGCAAUAAAGUCGAUGUUAAUGCUUCAGGAAAGAAUGAUUAG